AUGUCUGCAACACUACAUAAGACAACAUCGAAAAACAGACGGCAGAAAAAAAGGAUUGUUUAUAUCGACGAAAAUGCUCCAAAACGGCCCCGUACUGCUUAUGUUCACUUUGUUAAUGCGCGAAGGAAGGAAUUAGUGGACUCUGGCAGCCAUGAGGCACUGCGUCACCGUAGUUUUCUUGCAGACAUUGGAAAGCAAUGGAAAAUCUUGCCGGAUGAUCAAAAAAAGUUUUAUUUCGACAAAUCAGCUAGAGAACAUGAAGAUUACGAGAAAGCUAUGGAAGAAUAUAAAAAAACGGAGGCUUACAAUCAAUUCCAAGUUAAGAAAAAAGGAUUAAUGAAGCAAAGAAUGCUAGAGUUGAAGAGGCGCAAAAACAAAAACAAAGUGAAAUCCAGUGAUGAUGAGGAAGAAGACAAAAAUGAAGCAGUUGUUGCAGAUGACAUUCCAAUAUUCAGCAAAGAAUUUCUUGCCUACAAUAAAAGUCAGGAAAGUAAAUGCAAAAAAUUGCGGAAAAUGGUAAGUGCUCUCCAAGAAGAAAAUGAUCUCCUCAAAGCUGACAUUGCGAAAUUAUCAGAGAAGAUGAAAUUAAUAUACGGACAACAACCUCUAACAGUACAUUGGUCUACAAAAAUAAAACAACGAUGGACAAAGUUAUUGACUGAUUCUCUUGCAUACGUUUCUGUUGAUGGAGAAUACCCAACCUCACAAAACAUCGAUACUUAUAUGAAGAAAUUAAAACAGUUAGUUGCCGAGAAUCCAAGCAGCAAGGACUUAAUAGCGGUGCGAAUGGCUUUAUCGGAAGUGAAUUUUAUGUGA